GCGGGGCCCGGCACUCGCGUCGGGUCCCGGGCCUAGGGGGACGGCCGGUGGCCGCUGUGAGUGACGCUUUCGGGGUUGGCCGUGAUGGCGACUGCUAUGGCUGCGACGGCGGCGGAGCGGGCAGUUCUGGAGGAGGAGUUCAGGUGGCUGCUCCACGAUGAGGUCCACGCCGUGCUGCGCCAGCUGCAGGACAUUCUCAAGGAAGCCUCUUACCGAUUCACUCUGCCUGGGACGGGAACAGAAGGACCAGCCCGGCAAGAGAACUUCAUCCUAGGCAGCUCCACCACAGACCAGGUGAAGGGUGUGCUGACUCUGCAAGGGGACGCCCUGAGCCAAGCGGAUGUGAAUCUGAAAAUGCCCAGAAAUAAUCAGCUGUUACACUUUGCAUUCCGAGAAGACAAGCAGUGGAAGCUACAGCAGAUCCAGGAUGCCAGGAAUCAUGUUAGCCAAGCGAUCUAUCUCCUUGCCAAUCGGGAUGAGAGCUACCAAUUCAAGACAGGAGCUGAAGUUCUCAAGCUUAUGGAUGCAGUGAUGCUGCAGCUAACCCGAGCACGGAAUCGGCUCACCACUCCAGCUACACUUACCCUGCCUGAGAUCGCUUCCAGUGGCCUGACGAGGAUGUUUGCUCCUGCUUUGCCUGCAGACCUUCUGGUGAAUUUUUACAUCAACCUCAAUAAGCUCUGCCUGACUGUGUACCAGCUGCAUGCUCUGCAGCCCAGCUCCACCAAGAAUUUCCGUCCCUCGGGGGGUGCUGUACUUCACAGCCCAGGAGCCAUGUUUGAGUGGGGCACCCAGCGACUGGAGGUGAGUCAUGUGCACAAGGUCGAGUGUGUGGUUCCCUGGCUCAAUGAUGCUCUCGUCUUCUUCACUGUCUCCCUGCAGCUCUGCCAGCAGCUCAAGGACAAGAUCUCAGUCUUCUCCAGCUACUGGAGCUACAGACCCUUCUGAGCGAGAGAAGCUUCUGACAAACUUCCCCGAUAAAGGAGGUGCCUAGCCCAUGGAUUUGAUCCCUAAGGAGGCUUAGCUGACUCCAGGAGGGAAUCCCUGGAGGGUACAAUGUAGACAAGGUGCAGCAUGCAGCUGGCUCUGCAUGGGCACAGCGUGUUAUUUAUUUCCCUCCCGGCCCCCAGGCUUUGAGAGGCCCUCUCUGCCCAUUAGAGUUGCAGGAAUGAUAAUGAACGCUGGAGAAGUGGUUCUAAGGCCAGAAUAGGACCUGAAUGGAAUUCUUCAGGUAGAGCUGCAUUGGGUGAUGGAGGCCGGUGCUGGGGAGCCCUGGGCUACUGGAGACUGGCUGAGGAAGCACAUGGUGAAAAUAGAAAUCCAAAGGUUGAGGCCCAAGGGCCAGCCCUGCAUUCCUAGCCCCAGCUUCCCGGAGUGUUGAUGACCUUUGGACCCAAAGGGAAGGAGGAGCAUAGGCAGAAGUGCUCCAGUUCUCCUCCCUUCCCCUUAAUGCCAGAGCUUCCCCUGGAAAUCCAGAGCCAUGGGGACAGCAUUCCAGGCUUAGGGGUGUGGAGAUGCAUGUAAAGGCGUGGCUGCCUGCAACUGGGAAUGUUGUUCUGUAAAGGUAUCAGUCAUCCACUGAGAAAUAAAGCAUCAAGACCCAA